AUGGUGAGAAGCUGCAGGCUCGUCACUACGGAGCUCACAGGCAUGUCACUGAACGGGGACAUCAUAAUCGGGGUGGUGGUACCUGUUCACGUGGACAAAAUAUAUCCUAAGACAAAUUACAUGAAACCGCCAGCUCCAGCAAUGUGCAAAACUUUCAGGCUGGAAAAUUAUCAACGUGUCCAAGCUGUACAUUUUGCAGUGGAGGAGAUAAACAAAGACCCUCAAUUAUUGCCAAACAUCACUGUAGGAUUUCAGAUUUUUGACUCUUGCAGUGUCCUGCAGAGGGCGAUAUCAGGAACACUGCAGCUGCUGAGUGGACAGGGCCGACCUCUAGCUAACUAUCGCUGUAACCAAGAUGUCCACUUGGCUGCUGUCAUUGGCCAUUCUAUCUCCACCUACACCAUGCUGUUGGCUCAUAUUCUGGGGCUCUAUCGGUACCCACAAAUCAGCCAUUUCUCCACAAGCUCUCUUCUCAGCAAUCGAAUACAGUUCCGUUCAUUCUUCAGGACUGUACCCAGUGAUGCCUUCCAGUCCCAAGGCUUGGCCCAGCUCGUGUUACAUUUUGGGUGGACCUGGAUUGGUCUGGUUGCCGUUGACAAUGAUUACGGUCAACUUGGUAUCCAAAUGAUCAAAAGGGAUAUUUUAAAAGCUGGAGCUUGCGUGGCCUUUAUGGAGAAUAUUGCCAUCAGCCAGCCUGAUCGAAAUGCCCCCCAUAUUGUACAGGUGAUCAAAAAGUCAACAGCCACUGCAGUGGUCAUCUUCUCCACUGACAUAGAUCUGGUCUAUGUUCUCGACGAGAUGCUAAGGCAAAACGUAACAGGAAAAAUAUGGAUUGCUAGUGAGGCUUGGGCCACUUCUGCCUUCUUGUCUGUCCAAAAAUAUUCCAACCUGCUUUACGGAACUAUUGGCUUUGCCCUGCACAGUGGAAAAAUGCCAGGCUUUGGGGAUUUCCUCAACAGGAUCCAUCCAUCAAUGUCUGUAGGAAAAGAAUGGGUCAAAAUAUUCUGGGAGGAAGUUUUCGCCUGCAAGUUCUUGGACAAGGAGAAUCAAACAACAACACUGGCGUCUUCAGUAAAAGAGUGCACAGGGGAGGAACGUCCAGGUAACAUCCAGAACCACUAUAAUGAUAUCUCCAGCCUGAGGGUGACAUACAACAUAUAUACCGCAGUUCACAUUGUAUUAAAAGCUCUUCAAGACAUGAUCAACUGUAAGAAAGGAUAUGGACCAUUUCUCAAUGGAACAUGUGCAGACAUACGAAGCUUUCAGCCAUGGCAGCUCCUCGGCUAUAUGAAGAAGAUACGUCUGAAGAUGACCAAUGGCAGGGAGUUCUUCUUUAACGAGAACGGUGACCCUCCUGCAGCCUAUGACAUUAUAAACUGGCAGCUGAGCCCAGAGGGAAGACUGCAACAGGUGAUAGUAGGAAGUUAUGACACAGGGAAUACAGAUGGAAAUGUAUUCUCCGUCAACACCAGUCUUGUGCAGUGGGGUGUUGAAUAUAAGAAGACCCCAGCAUCAGUCUGCAGUCAGAGUUGUCCAUCGGGCUUCAGGAAGGUCACAAUAACAGGACAGCCUAUGUGCUGUUUUCAGUGUGUCCCGUGUCCUUCUGGAGAAAUUUCCAACCAGUCAGAUUCAGUAGAUUGCACCAAAUGCCCAUGGGAUAUGUGGCCAAAUCCAUCGCAUGAUCUUUGUGUUCCAAAGACCAGAGAAUUCUUAGCCUAUGAUGAUCCAUUGGGUAAAAUUUUAACCUCUACAAGUGUCUCUUCAUCAUUGGUUCCAGUGGCCAUCUUUGGACUAUUUAUCUAUUAUAAAUCCACACCCAUCGUUCGAGCCAAUAAUUAUUCUUUAAGUUGCCUUCUUCUGGUGUCACUGUGUCUUUGUUUCCUCUGUUCUUUGGGUUUUAUUGGUCUCCCCCAUCCUGAAAAAUGUAUUUUGCGACAGGUUGCCUUUGGCCUGGUGUUCGCCCUUUGCGUCUCUGGCAUUUUGGCCAAGACGAUAAUGGUCGUCAUAGCUUUCAAGGCUACAAGACCAGGCAGCCAACUUAGAAAAUGGACAAGUCCGAAGGUGUCUUAUUUCAUAGUCUUUUUGUGCAUCAUUAUUCAAGCCUUUCUUUGCAUUGCAUGGCUAUUUACAGCUCCUCCCUUUCUACAGCUUAAAACUGAAAUCAAAUCAGAUAUAAUUAUGGUUGAGUGCAAUGAAGGCUCAGGCACGGCCUUCUGGAGUAUGUUGGGUUUUCUUGGCCUCUUGGCCUCCGCCAGUUUUGUUGUUGCCUUCUUGGCAAGGGGACUCCCUGACAGCUUCAAUGAGGCGAAGUUCAUCACUUUCAGCAUGUUAGCCUUCAUAAGUGUUUGGAUAUCCUACAUUCCCGCCUCCCUUAGUUCUAAAGGGAAGUACACAGUGGCCAUGGAGAUCUUUGCAAUUCAGUCAUCAAGCUGGGCUCUAGUGAUCUGUAUGUUUCUGCCCAAAUGUUUCAUUAUAUUGUUUCGACCAGAGAUGAACUCCAAAGAGCAUCUCAUGGGAAGAGAAAGAAAAGAGACUAAUAAAACUUAG